CAUAAUAUCAAAAUAUUAAAAAAAUAUGGCGGGCAACAUAAAAAAUGAGGGAAUAAAAGCUCUUCCAAAAUUAGAAUACAGUACAUCGUACCGAAAAGCUCAUGCAUGGAUUGCCCCCGUUGCCCAAAACUUGGACAUAGUUCGUUCAGACAAGAAACCAAGAAGACAAGCAACUUCGGCACGUGCGCUAGACUUUACCCGUCUCAUUGAAGAUCACUACAAGUCCGAUCAUGUUCGUAAUUAUCCAGCACGUGCAGGUUCGAAGAACCCGUACCAUAUGACCAAACCACCAGUUUGUGACACCGUUAAGUUUGUGACCACUUUUGAGCAAAAACUAUUUAGAGAUCCUCCACGGCCCAUCAUGCCGUUUCAAUCCGAAAUGAAGGGAGCUUAUUCAAAGAAACCCUUACCAUUUGAAGGAAGACUUGUGUUUCCACCCAACCCAUAUCGAGUUUGUGCAAUGCGGGCAUUCGGGCGUGAUGAGCAACCACCACUGGUACCAGAACAGCCUGGUAUGAUGAAAAAUCUCGAUAUUUAUAUGACUACAUCACGGGCUGAUUAUAUUCCGUAUUCUGUCAUUCAACAACGUGGAAUUGCAUGUAAAGACAUAGUGACUUAUUAUGAUUCGGUUGGAGUUCCUCGAGGAGGGAAGGGUUAUGGUCCUAAAAAGGACACUAAGAUUGAACCAAUAGUGAAAACAAAGAAGGCAGUAUACAACAGAAAAUGGAAGAAGGUUCAAAAUCCAUUGCAAACAAUUCCACAUAGAGCUUUUAAAAGUGAAUACAGUGAAAAUUAUCAACCAAGUACGAAGUCAGAGAUGGAAGCGUAUAGUAAUUUAUCAACUGUUGCAACAUUUCCUUCGAUUUCACAUAUAUCUCCUUGGCAAAAUAUUUGCCCACCGGGAAUGUAUUGUACUGAAACUUGUCACAUAGGUACUGGUUAUCCUAUCCACGCCGUCAUUGAAACUACUCCACCAAAACGCGAAUAUAAACAUACAAUUGGAUGUAAAUGUUAGAAGAAGAAAACAAAACUCAAAUUAAAUUAAUGCGUAGUAAAA